AUGGAUUCUGAAAUUCAUGACAGUUUUUCACCCCCACUUAGAAAAAUUCUUAUCAACUAUCUUUCUCUUUUUUUCUCUUCUUCUCUUUCUUUUUUUUCUCUUCUUCUCUUUCUCUUUCUUUUUUUCCUCUUCUUCUCUUUCUCUUUCUCCUCUUCUUCUCUUUCUCUUUCUUUUCUUCUUCUCUUUCUCUUUUUUUUCUCUUCUUCUCUUACUCUUUUUUUUCUCUUCUUCUCUUACUCUUUUUUUUCUCUUCUUCUCUUACUCUUUUUUUUCUCUUCUUCUCUUACUCUUUUUUUUCUCUUCUUCUCUUCUUUUUUUUUUUUUCUCUUUUUUUUACUCUUUUUUCUUUUUACUCUUCUUCUUACUCUUCUUCUUUUUUUCUUCUUCUUCUCUUACUCUUUUUUUCUCUUCUUCUCUUACUCUUUUUCUCUUCUUCUCUUACUCUUUUUCUCUUCUUCUUUUUUUUUCUCUUCUUCUCUUACUUUUUUCUUCUUCUUUCUCUUCUCUUUUUUUCUUCUUCUCUUACUCUUUUUUUCUUCUCUCUUUUUUUUUUUCUCUUCUUCUCUUACUCUUUUUUUUUCUUCUUCUCUUUCUCUUUUUUCUCUUCUUCUCUUACUCUUUUUUUUCUUUUUUCUUUUUUUUUUUCUCUUCUCUUACUCUUUUUUCUCUUCUCUUACUCUUUUUUUCUCUUCUCUUACUCUUUUUUUCUCUUCUUCUCUUACUCUUUUUUUUCUCUUCUUCUCUUACUCUUUUUUUUCUCUUCUUCUCUUACUCUUUUUUCUCUUACUCUUUUUUUUCUCUUACUCUUUUUUUUCUCUUACAUACUCUUUUUUUUCUCUUACAUACUCUUUUUUUUCUCUUACAUACUCUUACUCUUUUUUUUUUCUCUUACUCUUUUUUUUUUUCUCUCUCUUUUUUCUCUUACCAUACUCUUUUUUUUCUCUUCUUCUCUUACUUUUUUCUCUUCUUCUCUUACUCUUUUUCUUCUCUUACUUACUCUUUUUUUCUCUUCUUCUCUUACUUUUUUUCUCUUCUUCUCUUACUUUUUUUCUCUUCUUCUCUUACUUUUUUUCUCUUCUUCUCUUACUUUUUUUCUCUUCUCUUCUUUUUCUCUUCUCUUUCUUUUCUCCUCUUCUCUUACUUUUUCUCUUCUUCUCUUACUCUUUUUUCUCUUUCUUUUUCUCUUCUUCUCUUUUUUUCUCUUCUUCUCUUUUACUCUUUUUUUUUCUUCUUCUUCUUUUUCUCUUCUUCUCUUCUUUUUUCUUCUUCUUUACUUUUUCUCUUCUUCUCUUCUUCUUUUCUUUUCUUCUCUUUUUUCUCUUCUCUUCUUUUUUUUCUUCUUUUUUCUCUUCUCUUCUUUUUCUCUUCUCUUUUUUCUCUUCUCUUACUUUUUCUCUUCUCUUACUUCUUUUUCUCUUCUCUUACAUCAUUUUCUCUUCUCUUACUUCUUUUUCUCUUUCUUCUCUUACUUCUUUUUCUCUUCUCUUACUUUUUCUCUUCUCUUCUUUUUCUCUUCUCUUCUUUUUCUCUUCUCUUCUUUUUCUCUUCUCUUCUUUUCUUUCUCUUUUUUUUUCUCUUCUUCUCUUACUUUUUCUCUUCUUCUCUUACUCUUUUUUUCUUCUCUUUUUCUUUUUCUUACUUUCUUUUCUCUUCUUCUCUUACUCUUUUUCUCUUCUUCUCUUACUUCUUUUUCUCUUUUACUCUUUUUUUUCUUUUUCUCUUCUCUUACUUCUUUUUCUCUUUCUUCUCUUACUUCUUUUUCUCUUCUCUUACUUCUUUUUCUCUUUCUUCUCUUACUUCUUUUUCUCUUUCUUCUCUUACUUCUUUUUCUCUUCUCUUACUUCUUUUUCUCUUUCUUCUCUUACUUCUUUUUCUCUUCUUCUCUUACUUCUUUUUCUCUUUCUUCUCUUACUCUUUUUUUCUUCUUCUCUUACUCUUUUUUUUUCUCUUCUUCUCUUACUCUUUUUUUUUUUCUCUUCUUCUCUUACUCUUUUUUUUUUCUCUUCUUCUCUUACUCUUUUUUUUUCUCUUCUUCUCUUACUCUUUUUUUUCUCUUCUUCUCUUACUCUUUUUUUCUCUUCUUCUCUUACUCUUUUUUUUCUUCUCUUACUCUUUUUUUUCUCCUCUUACUCUUUUUCUCUUCUUCUCUUACUUUUUUUCUCUUCUUCUCUUACUUUUUUCUCUUCUCUUACUUUUUUCUCUUCUCUUACUUUUUUUUCUUCUCUUACUCUUUUUUUUUCUCUUCUCUUACUCUUUUUUCUCUUCUUCUCUUACUUACUCUUUUUUCUUUUACUUACUCUUUUUUUCUCUUCUCUUACUUUUUUUCUCUCUUCUUCUCUUACUCUUUUUUCUUCUCUUACUUACUCUUUUUUCUCUUCUUCUCUUACUCUCUUUUUUACUCUUCUUACUCUUCUUCUCUUUUCUUUUUUCUCUUCUUCUCUUCUUUUUUUUUCUUUUUUUUUUCUCUUUUUUUUUUUUCUUCUUCUCUUACUCUUUUUUUUUUCACUUCUUCUCUUCUUUUUUUUUUCUUCUUCUCUUACUCUUUUUUUUUUUUUUCCUUCUUCUCUCGCUCUCUUUCUCUUUUCACUCUGA